AUGCAUGAGAACAGUCCAGAACAUACAAAGAACUGCAUCAGUAAGAGGGUUGUGGAGCGCAUAGUGACCGAAAUUAGACAAUCCAAAUACUUUUCGAUUUUUUUAGAUUGCACUCCAGAUUUAAGUCACAAGGAGCAAUUAUCUGUGAUAAUUCGAAUAGUUACAGCUGAAGGCACUACACAAAUUAAGGAAUAUUUUAUCGGGUUCCUUGAGGCCGAGCAGACAACAGGAGAAGAUCUCUCAAGACUCAUACUAAAAAAACUUGAAGAGCUUAAUAUCCCCUUUGAAGACUGUAGAGGACAGUCAUAUGAAAAUGGGGCAAAUAUGAGAGGAAAAAAUAAGGGAGUCCAGGCUAGACUUCUGUGGGAGAGUCGAAUCAACAGUGUUGAGGUUGUAAGAUUCCAGGCUGCAAAAGUGAGAGAUGCUCUUUUAGAGGUGAGAGGAAGCACUGCAGAUCCGGCUAUUAAAAUUGAAGCACAAGCCUUAGCAGAAGAGGUGGGAUCAUACCGGUUCUCUAUUUGUACGGUGGUGUGGUAUGAUAUCCUUAAAAAAGUUUCACAAUGCAUGCAACUGGAUGUAGCUGUUGACAUUCUCAAGAAGGCUGAAACCUCCCUUGUUAGCUACAGAGACACUGGGUUUGCUGAUGCCCAGACAUCUGCCAAAGAGAUAUGUGAGGAGAAAAAGCAGGCAAAAGAUUUGUGCAAUACACUCACAUCUGGGGAUCAUUCUGAUUUAAAUUAUGAUGAACUGAUUGUAGAGAUGCAGUCAUUUCCAAAACAAUGCCCAAAACAAAAUAUGACAACAUAG